CAUAGUUUUUUGCUGCUCCGGCCGUCGCUCGCAUUAGAGCUGAGCGGUAUACAUUGCGGCGGCCGGAGGGGGCUUAGUGUGUGUAGCCAGAACAGGGCUUCCUUACUGUAAAGGUGGUGACAGCAGCAUUGAGACUCAGCACUGUUCAUAGAACCCGGCAUCAGCGCUAGUCAACUCACCCAGCAGUAUUGGAAGGGCGCACCUAUGACAGGGAGACAGAGAGGGUUCCUUCCUACCUAUUACCGGCACAGACUCUGACAGCCACAACAAAGAAGCCAGGACCAGCAGCAGAGGCUCCAUUCUGUGUGGCUGUAAGUGUAAGGGAGGAGUCGGGGGAGCAGCCUGCAGCAGCAUCACUAGAUCGUAGAAGUAAAAUUUAACUUUAUGUUAAAAAUGACAGAUACUCCGAGUAAUGAUGAAGAAAUUUCCAAUGAAUCCACUGAAUAUGACCCAUCUACACAGGAGGAUGAGGAGUCUGAAUUGGAUAAAAAGAAAGCAACUCCAAAAAGGGCUCCACGUUUCACAUAUAUCGAAAACGAGGCACUUAUUGAUGGCGUUCUGACAAAUUAUAAAACUCUUUUUGGGAAACUCGGUGGCCAGCAAUAUUGUUUUGAAAGGAAAGAAAAAAUUUGGAAAAAAAUUGCCCAAUUAGUUUCCUCUGUUGGAAAGGUUCCUCGUUCUGCAUAUGUUUGCAAGAAACGUUAUUCUGAUUGCAAAAUUGCGGUGAAAAAAAAAAUGUCAAUGAUGCAUCUUCAUGCCAAGAAAACUGGAGGAGGUUCGUGCUUAAAAAUCGACAUGUGCCCAUGGGAGCAAAGGUUAUCUGAAAAGUUGUCUUUAAACGCUGUAAGGGGGAUUGAAGAAUCUAUUGAUACGGAAGCGCCAGUAUCUCCACCAAAAGCAUUCGGUAAAAAAAAAACACAGAAACAAAGCAAGAAAUUUGUUAAAACUACCGAAUCUAUGAAAUCUUAUUCUGCAAAAUCUCUGUUAAAAGCCAAGAAAAUUGUCCACAAGAAUCAAAAUAUGGAUGUCAGCCACUCCUCCAAAGUGAAGACCUCCUCCACAAAUAUUAGGUAUGAUUUGGAUAAAUCAGAAAAUGCAAGUAAUCUACUAACGGAGACUUUGGAGAUUCGAGACUCUUCGGCAUGUGAUUCUGAAAACAGUCAAGAAGGCAAACCUGAGUGUUCAACUUCAAUAAAUAAAGGAAGAAGAUACGAAGGUUUGAAAAACAUGACGAGUAAAUCUCAGAUAAAGGCAACAGGAGUAUUUCCCAUCAAUGAUAAUAUUAAUAAUCUAAUAGAGUCUGCCCUUAACGUAAAUAAGAAUGUGGUCAAUCAAGAAUUUGAAAUUUUACACAAAGAUUCAACUGAAAUAAUAAGAGUGAUAUCUGAGCUUGGCAAAGAAAUCUGCAAAAAUCAAGAAACCAUGAUAUAUUAUCUUGAAACGAUUUCAGAAAAAUUAAAGGCAACAAAAAAUCCUGAUGUAGAACACGUCCCAUCCUAUCAAGAACAAAUGGAGAAUGAAGAUGAGAAUGAUCAAUUUCCGACAGGACAGGAUGAGGACUCCAAUUAUCUGAAUUCAGAGAUUCCAGAGUCUGGUCAUUUGAAACAGCAGGAGAUUGGGGAUAUGGCACAAAUAGUUCGUCCAAAACGCUUGUUCAAAAGACCAAGAAAUUUUUUUGAUAACGAGGAUUAAAAGUUUUUGAGGUGACGGUUAUCUUUGAGAUCUGUAUUGCAAGAAGAUUUAUUUUUCAUUUAACAUUCAAAUAUUCAGUUAGAAUCGUCUACGCUUGGGAUACAUAUUUUUUGGAAAAUACAGCGACUGUUAAAGUGUCAAAUUUAGAAUCCCAAAUUUAUGUAUCUUUUUCAAUUAUUGUUCGAGAAGUUUAUAUUCUGUUUUAGUUUGACAUAUGUUUCAGCAACUCAGAUGUUCAUUUGAAUAAAAAUAAAAACUUACUCUCAUCCUAGUGAUGAAGCCUGUCACCUGUGACCUUGGUGAAAAAAAAAAACCUAAGGAGGGUCUAAUAGAACAGUGGUGUGUGUUAAAAUGUUGCAUUUAUUAAAACUCAUAUUUGAAAGAA